AGUGAGGUCACCUAUUUUAGCAUUCUUCUAGCUAUGACAGAGCUGUCAUCUCCAGUGAGGAUUUCAUUGCAAGAAAACAACGAUGUGUUGUCUGAUGACAUAGAAAAAGCGGGCCAAAUCUUGACUAGAGGAGGAACAAUCGCCAUUCCUACAGACACCAUCUACGGCGUUGCCAGCCUCGCUCAGAGCACAGAAGGCGUCCAGAAAUUAUACGAAAUGAAACAAAGAGAUCCCGAAAAGCCUCUUGCGAUAUGCGUGGGAGAUGUAGAAGACAUCAGCCGCUGGGCGUACGUACCAGACGACAAUUUACUGCGUGAUCUGUUACCAGGGGCGGUAACAGUCGUACUACGCAGAAAACCGGCAUUAAAUCCAGAACUGAAUCCUGGACUGACAUCGAUCGGAGUCCGAAUCCCAUCCCACCCAUUUGUAAGGAAACUGGCACAGUUCUGUAAACAACCAUUAGCCCUCACAAGCGCCAACACGAGCACAAAACCAAGCACCCUAGCAGUCAAUGAAUUUCAAGAGCUGUGGCCCAAGCUUGACUUGAUAGUCGAUGGUGGCACAAUACGAAAUGAUUCACGUUUAGGAUCGACGGUUGUCGACAUCAGUGAGGCAAAUCAAUUUAGAAUUAUUCGACGUGGCAGAGUUUAUGAAGCAACAACACAACUUUUGAAAGAAACGUACGGAUUUCGAGAGGUACAGUAGCCAGCAACCCAAGAACUCAACAAGUUAUUGCUCUUGAAAUAAGUUACAACACAAAUCGAUGACAGUUUUCCUUACUGUU